AAUUAUAUUGAAGAACUGACAAAACAAGCAUGUGAAGCUGAUUCUUGUCGAAUAACGUCAUUUCUUGCAAAACAACCUAUUCAAAUAAUUCGAAUUAGUGCACUAACACAAAUUAUUGAUUUACUUCCAACAAUUAUACAACAUGUCAAUAUAGAACAUACAAUUGAUGAUACGUUUGGUUUGAAUACUCGUUUGUACAAUGAAAUUGAUCAGAUUGUUCGUCAACGAUUUGAAUCUCAAAUAAUUAUUACAACAACAUCAACUUCACGUGCAAUAUAUUUUCACGGUUAUUUAUUGGAGCAAACACUUAAACUAUUUGAUAUAAGUCCUUUGGAGCCGACUCGACUAAAGAUGAAUAUGAUGGGAAUCAAUAAUCUUCAAACAGUUGUUUGUCGUCAAAUACUGAUGUUACCUAAAAUUAUAAUCACCAAAGAAAAUUUAUUUUCUGUUAACGAAUUAAAGAAAAUUGAUCGAAACAUUGGAACCAAAGCUUUUGAAAGACUGGUUACUGAUGAAUUGUUAAUCCACGAUUAUUUCAUCAUAACAAAUACUGGACGACCUAUUCGAUGUUUUGCCAAAGUUUUACCAGCAAAUGAAAACGAUCGUGAAAUAAUUUCGAAGAAACUUCGUAUUUACAAUAUUCAACUGUCUAAUUAUAUCGAACUAUCUCAUUCAAUUUCAAUUCAACCUCCAUCAAAAUUAAGUAUGACUGGUAUACAACUUUUUCAGAAAAUUCCAUAUUCGACAAUUUAUGAAAUUUCUACUAAAACAACGGAAUUAUUAUUCAGCAUGUCUUCAUUACGAACAGUAUCGUCAAACAAUAGUGUAUUGAAUACAUUGAACACAACAAAUCAGCCAACUACAACAAACUUCAAUCGUGGUCCAUCAGUAUUAGCUUAUUCAGGACUACAACGAAUGUCAAAUUCAAACCGUAAUAUUGUCAUACGAAGAUCUGAAAAUAACAGUAAUUCACAAGUAUCAGAUAUUGCUGACGAUGCUGAUAUAAUUGUAGACGAUGAAAUAUCGUCACAAGAUAUUUCAGUUAUGAAUGAACAAUAA